AUGUCGCAGAAGAACUUUGUGGUUGUGGCUGCUGCUGCUGGUGCUGUGGCUGUGGCUGCCGCUGCUGGGUACUACCUCUACACCUCUAUGUCGUCGACGACGACCAAGGCGGCGGUCAGCAAGGAGACAAGCUCGGCUGCCGAGACGACGACCCCGACGACCAGCUCGGCUUCUCAGGCCCAGGAUGGCGUUGAGACGGCUACUUCGCAGACGUCUGUCGAGAACAGCUCGCCCAUCCCGCGCUCGUCGGCGGGCAAGAAGAAGAAGAAGAAGUCGUCGUCGUCCACUACCACCGCUACCGCUGCCGCCUCGUCCGAGUCCUCGUCCACCGCUGCUGCAGCCACUACAGCCGCUGUUCCGGCAAGCCCGACUCCGUCGGCAGCCGCUCCUGCCUCGGUCGCGUCCCCGGCGACGCCUGCCUCGCAGACCUCGGGCGGCAACGCGUCGACGCCGACGACCGCUGCUGUCGCUGCCAAGUCGCCCGGUGCCUCGGUAGUCUCCUCGCCCAUCACCAUCUCGUCGACCCCGACCGAGGAGACGGUCAAGGCCAACGAGCCCGCUGUCAUCCCGCCGGAUGCCGAGACCUUCCCGACCGAUGCCGCCGAAGAGGCACCGGUCGAGGAUCUUGCACCCGGAGGCUCCGCCGACGGUGCCGUAGCUGACGAUAGCAAAGUUCCGGUCACCAUCAUCACGGGCUACCUGGGAGCCGGCAAGACGACGCUGCUGAACUAUGUGCUGACCGCGCAGCAUGGCAAGCGCAUUGCGGUGCUGAUGAACGAGUACGGCGGCCGCGGGAUUGAGGAGUCGAUGGCGCAGCGCGACGUGAACGAGCCGCCAGUGCUGGCCGAGGACGACGAUGGAGAACAGGCGUCCAAGGCCGACUUGUACGAGGAGUGGGUCGAGCUCAAGAACGGGUGCAUCUGCUGCUCAGUCAAGGAUGAAGCUGUCUCGGCGCUGGAGGCGCUGAUGGAGAAGAAGGGCAAGUUUGACUACAUCCUACUCGAGACGACCGGCCUCGCCGACCCGGGCCCCUCGCCUCGAUUCGUGACUCUGGUCGACGGCAUCUACGGCCUCGAGCAGCUGGCCGAGGAGGCGCCGCGCGGCGCGCCCGAGAACCUCAUCAACGAAGCCGUCAACCAGGUCGCCCACGCCGACGUCGUCAUCCUCAACAAGGCCGACUUGGCCACGCCGCAGAACCUGGCCGACCUCUCUGCCGCCGUCCUUGCCAUCAACUCGCAGGCCCGCAUCCUCACUACCACCCGCUCGCAGGUCGAUCUCGACGACAUCCUCAACAUUGCCGCCUACGACUUUAAGCCGCCGCUCAUCGUCGACGAGGCCGGACCCGCCUCGCACGACCACGAUCACAACCAUGACCAUGAUGAUGGUGUGCCCUGUGUAACCUGCCCGCCGACCCACGUCCACUCGGCCGAAGUCACCACCCAUGUUGUCGAGACCCCGCACCCGCUGGUCAAGGCCCGCCUCGUCGCAUGGCUUGAGGACUUGCUGUGGGAGGACCACGCCCCGACGCUCAUCCUUCGCGCCAAGGGCCUGCUCAACUACGCCGGCUCGGAUCUCAAGCACGUCUUCCAGGCCGUCCGCCUCCAGUACGACAUCGUCUCGACCGUCCACUGGGACUCGGCAGACAACCGCAUCUCGCGCCUGACAGAGCUCAAGGACGGUCUCCCGCUCAUCUAUCUGCUCGAAGUUCUCAUCGGCGGCAAGGUGGGCGGCGGAGCGUACAAGACCAAUGCCCGGAUGAAGAUCCUCCAACUGAACAACAUCAACUUUGCGCUCGAGGCAUGCCGCGACGCGGGCAUUCGGGUCACAUGUGGUGCGGACGAUGUCUUUGACGGCAAUCUCAAAAUGAUCCUUGGCCUGGUGUGGACAAUCAUUCUCCGCUUCCAGAUCUCCGGCGACGACGAUGGCGGAAGCAGCUCAGCCGGAGCCGCAAAGUCGGCUCUCCUCUCCUGGGUGCAGGCGCACAUCGGACACUAUCCUGACAUGGAGCUAACCAACUUUACGUCGUCGUUCCAGGACGGCCGUGCACUCUGUGCUCUAGUUCACUCGCUGGAUCCAGCCCUGCUCGACUACGACGGCGCGCUCGAGCUCGAGCCGCUUGCCCGCGCCGAGAAGGCAUUUUCUCUUGCUGCCGAUCGCUUUGACAUCCCGCAGCUUCUCACCGCUAGUGAUCUUGUCGACCACCCGGACUCGCAUUCGGUCAUGACCUACGUCUCGUACUUCCGCGCCGUCGCCAAGCACCUCGAAGCCACGUCCAAAAUCGACAAGGCCUCGCUGGAGGAGGCCAAGCGCGACGCCGUCUCUCGCCUGGAGGCUGCCCUUGCCCGAGUUGCAGAGCUUGAGGCCGCCCUCGCGGCCGCCACCGCGGAGUCGACAGCCCACAUCGAGCAGCUCGCCGAGUCGUCUGCUGCUGCCAAGCUUCUCCAGCUCCGGGUUGACUCGCUCGAGGCCGCCAACGCCGAGCUCAAGGCCUCAGUCGAGUCGUGGAUCGAGAAGUCGGCCCACAUUGAGCACUCGCUGGCAGACUGCCACGACACAUGUGCCUCCAAGGACGCAGAGCUCGAGGCUCUAGCCGCCAAGCUCGAUGCCGCAAAUGCUGCCGCCAGCAAGAUGCAGACUGCCGUCGAUGCCGCCGACGCCGCCAAGGACGUCGCAGCAAAGGACGUCGCCGCAGCAAAGGGCGCUGCCGCCAAAGAAGCCGCCGAUGCCGCCGAUCGUUAUGCCAAGCUUGAAGCCGAGCUCGCUGCUCUCCGCGACGACCUCGCCGCCACCCAGGCCGAUCUCGACGACUGCUGCACCACCCGUGCCGAGCUGACCAAGGCCAAGCGCGAGCUAGAGGACAAGCUCUCGCAAGUUACCCGCAAGUCGCUCUCGGCCUCUGAAUCGGCGUCCAUGGUCGAAGCAAAGGUCUCGUCGCUCACUGCUGAGCUCUCGUCGACCGAGGCCGAGCUCACCGCUGCUCGCUCCGACGUCUCGACGCUCACCGCCGAGCGUGACACAGCCCGCGAAAACACUACCCGGCUCACCUCGGAGCUGGAGGCGCUCAGGACUGAGUUCGCUGCCGAAAAGGAGACAACCGCCAAGCUCCGGGACGAGCUUGACUCGCGGGUGACUCAAAUCGGCGAGCUGUCCGAGUCGGCGUCAUCACGCGAGUCCGAACUCGCUGCCCAAGUCUCGGCCCUCGAGGCCGAGCUCGCCGAUAGCCGCGACGCUGCUGCCGCUGCCGACGCCUCGAUCAAGUCGCUCACUGCCCGACUCGAAGCCUCGCAGGCUUCGGCCGCCGAACUCGAGACUGAGCUGGCGGCCAAGUCGAGCGACGCCGACAAGUCUGCACAGGCGCUCGCCAAGCUGCAGAUGGAGGCCGAUCAGGCUGCUCGACGCAUCGAGUCGCUCGAGGCUGCGCUCGCCGCUACCCAGGACCGCGAGGCUACCGCCUCUCGCUCCGCCGAUGAGCUCCGGGUCGAACUCGACGAGACGGCGCGGAACUUGUCCCGCGAAAAGGCGUUCUCCGCCAAGUUGCAGGAAGAGGCCGCUGCCGCCGUCAAGACCGAGGCCAAGCUCCGCGCCGAUGUGCUUGCUGCCGAGGAGGCGGUUCUGGACGAGCGCGACGCCUCUGCCGCGCUCAGUGACAAGGUCGCGCAGCUCGAGGCUCGGGUGGCCGCUGCUGCUGCUGCCGACGACGAUGCCGACGACGACGCCGCGUCAGCCGCCGCUGCCGAGAUUGCGUCGCUCGAAGCGCUGGUCAACUCACUCCGCGCCAAGGUCCGGAGCGCACAGACCGAGGCCCUCAAUGCCAACUCGGACCGCGAGUCGGCUCUGGCCAGCGCCGAGGCGCUCAAAUCGGACGUCGAGCACGCCCGCGCGCAGGCUGCUGCCGAGCGCGACGCCCUCGAGGCUGAACGCGCCGCCCGUGAAGCCGUCGCGUCGGAGCUCAUGAAGACCGAGUCAUCCGUCCAGGAGCUGCAAAGCCAGCUGGAGGCGUCGGCUCGCGAGCGCGCCGCUCUUGCCGACGAGCUCGCCGCCCUCCGCGCCGCGUCGGUUGCCACCGGUUCACACGCUGCCGAGUCGGACGCCGCGCUCGAAGAGGCCGCAUCCGAGCGUACCCGCCUCGCUGUCGAAAUCCAGUCGCUGCAAGAGAGCCUUGCACAGACUGUGGCGGCGCGCGAUGCGGCGGCAAAGGCGACCGAGGCCGCAGCGGCCAAGGCCGCCGAAGCUGCUGCCGAUGCCGAAACGCUGCGCGAGGCCCGCGAUGCCGAGGCCCACGCCAAGGUUCUCGCCGAGACCCGUGUGGCGUCGUUAGAGAAGCAAAUUGCGCGGAUUGAGGCCGAGGCCGAGUCGCGAGUCGCCGCCGAGCGCGCGCGCAUGGAGGCCUCGCACUCGUCGCUCAAGCGCGAGCUCGACAACUCGGUCGAGGCCACCGGCUCGCAGGCCGCCAUCAUGGCCGACCUAGAGGCCAACUUUCAGGCGCUCUCGGCAGCCCAUGACGAGUGGCAUGCCAAGUACCUUGCCGAACAGGGAAAGCGGGCGCGGAUGGCCACCUCGCAGGCCGAGUCGCUCAAGGACGCGCUCGCCGAGGCGCAGGCCGAGGUGGAUGAGCUCACCGCGCUCAAGAUCAAAAUGCAUGGCGACCUCGCCAAGCUGGAGGACCUGGUGCUCCAGUUGCAGGGCAAGGCCAAGAAGACCAAGGCCAAGGCCAAGGACCAGGUCGCCAAGCUUGUGGCCGAGCUCAAGGACCGCGAUCUCAAGAUCGCCGAGCUCUCGCGUGAGCGCGGCGACGCGGCAGGCUCGCUCUCGGUCGUCCGCAAGCGCGCCACCUCGCUUCACCUCUCCAACAAGCAGCUGAAGGAGGCCAUGGGUGCCACCGAGUCGUCGCUCCACGAGCUUCGCUCGGCGCUCGAUGCUGCCAACCGCCACAACGCCGAGUUGGAGGCCGAGCGCGACGAAGCCACCGCGACGCUCAAGGCCGAGCGCGCCGACAUGGCGGCCCGUCUUGAGCGCGCUACCGCGUCGGCCUCCAUGUCCGAGGAGCGCGCCGAUGAAGCCGAGUCGCAGAACGCAUCGCUUGUGGCUGAACUCGACCUCGUCCGCUCCACUCUCACCGACGCCAAGACCACGCUUGCCGAGCUCCGCAUCGAGUUCCGCCAUCUGAAGGCGUCCAAGGCUGCUGCCCUUGCCGAGCAGGCCGACGAGCUCGCAGCCGCCCGCGGCCUCGUCGACGCCAACAAGGCGCUGACCAAGGAGCGCGACGAGCUCGCCCUCGCCCGCGCACGCAUGUCCAAGGUCGUUCGCACCCUCCGCCGCCGUCUCAACGAGGAGGAAGCCGCCAAGCGCGAGCUCAUUCUCAAGCUUGAGACCGGUCAGCGGACGAAGGAGGAGAUCGAGGCCAUCGCCAUCCUCCAGUACCAGCUCGGUGAGGCCCAGGCUGCCGUCAAGGCCUGUACCUGCGGCGCCGCCUCGGCCUCGCGCUAG